AUGUCUACCGUAGUUGCAGUUGCCGGCGGAACCGGCGGUCUCGGCCAUGCUAUUAUCGACGCCCUGAGGUCAGAUAGAAGGUACGAAGUCCUUGUUCUGAGCCGAAAGGUAUAUUCCAUUAUACAGGCGAAUCCAAAAUUCGAAGAGGACAACAAGAUUCGCGUUCUCAAUGCGAACAACUACUCCGAUGCCGACCAGCUCAAGACUUUACUUGAACAGAAUAGAGUUUCAGCAGUGAUCUCAAUCUUCAAUGGUCCUUUGGGUUCCCAAGAAGAGCUGAAUCUUAUUGAAGCCGCUGAGCGUUCGAGUACAACCAAGAGACUCAUACCUAGCUUAUUCAGCGGCUUGCCCUUUACUGACGAACACGCUGAAAACCCUGUUUUAGCCUUACACGUAGCCGGUUACAAAAGAAUAACUGAAGCACUUGGCCAGACAUCACUAGAGUUUGCAGUGAUCCACCCAGGCGUUUUCAUGGACUAUUACGUUCCGCUCCCCACACACGUGACAGUUCUACCAAUCGUCGUCUCCCUAUCCGCUAAAUACGCUGCGAUACCAGGUUCUGGGAAUGUUCCAGUAUCGUUUACACAUACUUCCUCAACCGGCAAGUACCUGUCGCAUCUUCUGGCUAAACCUCCAGGGACAUGGCAGAAACGGUACUUCAUUUCGGAGGAUAAUCGAACUUGGAACGAGGUUGUUGCAUUGGCAGAGAAACACAUGGGAGUAAAAUUUGAAGUCGUGUAUGAUAGUUCAGAAAAGACAAGCAGGGGGGAAGUGAGUGAAAUGCCGGGAAUAGAGGUUCUUUACGAGUCGUUUGGGGGUGGGGAAGAAGCGAAACGGUUUGUGAUGGGGUGGCUUGCAGGGUAUGCUCAGUGGAUGGAGAAAGGUCAUUUCUGCUAUCAGGAGGGGCCUCUCUUAAGUGAGGAGUUCAGCGAUGUAAUUGAAAAGCUAACUUUCAAGAAGGCGUGGGAGAUGGCGGGAAAGAGUGCUUAG